GUGAAUCUUGCUCCACCUAGAGCCUCUGAGCUCACCCUGAUAGUUCAUUACACUUAUCGGGGCUUUCAAGGAGCGUGUACCCAGAGUGAGAGUUUCUACGAGACACAACGACUGAGUUACAUUUCAACAUUGUUCAGAUCUGGAAAAAUGGUAUUCAUAGCAACUACAGUAUACUAUGUAAGGAUUUAACACUAGUGGGUGUGUCGGGGGUUGCAUAGCGUAUGUCGCGCAUGCGUAGUGUGGUAAUAUUAGGUUUUCACCUAUAAUUUAGCUAUAAAAGCAAAAUAGUCAAUCUGUUAAAUUGGUUCAUCAAUAUUUAGUCUUUAACCCGCUGUACAUGGACCAGUUGACUAACGUUACCAUUCAUUAGACCGAGAAACUUUCUUUAUUCAGCUAAAGUAUUUGGAACUACAUUUCCCUGUUUUCUCUCAGCAGUCCUGUAAUACGACGUGUCGUAAAAUUCAGUUAACAGCAAAACCGAGAUGGACACCACCAAAGACGCCUGACAGUUUUUUUUAUCUUUAUCCCUAACUGUUAUCGGAAAUGUUUACGUAGCGACACCAGGCUUCUGCACAUAGGACUGGUUGUGAACAUGGAGGCCAUGGAAGAUGACAGUUUGGACCUAAAAGACGACCAUAACCACAACUAUUGUGCGAGCAGUAGCAGCAAAGUCCGCACGUAUCUGAGAAGCCAGCUGUCGGGUGUAACGACUGCUCCGCAGCCCGCCUGUCCAUUGGCGCCGGGAGAAGAACCGGGCUCGCGACGAGGGAAACUGUUGUCCGGUAGCACCGGGGGGUCAAAGUUCAUGGACUCUGAUUCAGGCAGUGAAAGCAGCGAAGUCAGCGAGACUGACUGCACGGCUCCGCCAGCCGCUGCUGAGGGAAAAUUCACCCUUGAUUCUACUUCCAAGUUCCUUCUGAAUGCAAUGGCUGUAGAAGACUACCGGAAAAACCACUGGCCAAACUUGGAGAAGGCAAUUGACCGUCUGUUGAUUCAAAAUCCCACAGACCACAUCUCUGUUUCUUACGCACAGAUAUACAGUUACGUCUACAAAUGUGUUUGUCAGCAGCACUCUGAGCUCCUCUACAAUGAUUUGAUUUUAAAAAUAACAAAUCAUCUGCUACAGGUUUCCACCCAUCUACAAGCCAGCCCACCUGAGGACUUCAUUGAGAACUUCAAUGUUGCACUGACGCAAUACACGGCUUCUCUUCAGUGUAUAGUUCCUGUUUUUAUGUACUUGAAUAAGUUCUACAUCGAGUCAAAACUGAACAGAGACCUAAGAGAGGAUCUGAUGAAGCUGUUUGCUGAUAACGUUGCAGAAAUACAUGUCAACACACUGAUGCCUCUUCUCAUCAAAGCUCAUUCCAUGCCGUUUCAAGUGCAGCCAUCUACAAUGGCCAGUGUGGUUAAAGGCCUCUACAGCCUCCGACCAGACUGGGCCAAGUUAGCUCCGGCUCUCUUCUCUGGGUUUAUUCCCCAAAUCAACCCUCCUGCUGUGGAGUCCCUGCUUCCUGACUACGCCGCUCAUGACCAGAAGUUACAGAUGGAGCUCUCCAUGAACGGAUUUCCGCGAGGUGACCAGUCUCGCAAACGGGCCAGCGACGACUCCUGAUGGCAGAGCAGCCGGCGUCACCCGAUUCCCUGCAGAACUAUUACUGUGCCUCCUACAUCCUUAUCACAAGUUGGCUCACUGCACUAGGUACAAUGUUGACACUGUGUCAGUUUCAUCUCUCUCGACUCAAGGUCACAAAACACUGUGAACAACAACGAAGAGAACAUGAUGGGUUGAUGAGCAGAAGCUUAAUCUUACUGCACUAAAACAAGCACACAGACUUCCGUUAUGGUGCUUUUCCUCUGUGAUUAUGAUGCAUCCAGCUUCAGUAUUUGUGGGAUGCUGCUGUGUGCGCUGAGAUGGGUUUCUUCAUGUUCUCCUCAUUUGAAGAGUGCCUUCAUGGUGCCUUCUGAUCGGCUAUCCUCUCGAGGGAUAGGCCGAUGAUGGGUAUUUCAUUCCUAACCUUUAACAUGGAAGUGUCUUUUUGAGAGGCUGGGCUAAUCAAGACUUUCCAUUGCUGCUAAUAAUACUGUCCAUGUGAUAAUACUACAACUCUCUCUGUUUCACCCACUGUGUCUGUAACCCAGUGGCUUCACUCGACACAAGUGAGUGUGGAAAGAAAUGAGAACAAAGUCAUUGACCUCAGCUAUGAUUCUCUUCUUCAUGUUGCCUUUACUGUGUUGGUAAACCGGAUUGUAUUUUCCCGUUACGCCAA